GUACGGGCUGAGUGUGGGAAGGGGGAAGCGAAUUGGGGCUGGAGGAGGGGGUACGGGCUGAGUGCAGGAAAGGAGAAGUGAAUCAGGGCCAAGAGAGGUGGGAACACGGUGUGAGGGAGGGAACGAAUCAGUGGAGAGAGAAGCAGGGGCACCUACGGUGGGGAACCCCCCCCAUCCCGGCCCAUGGCCACUGUUGCCGGGCCCUGACCUCCCCCGCCAUGGAGAAGCCGGCGCUGCCAGUGGGGGGACCCGCCAAGGCGCCUGGCCCCUACAUCCCGUGCCUGCGCCGGGACUGCUGCGAGCGGGUGGUGAUCAACGUGGCGGGGCUGCGGUUCGAGACCCAGGCCAGGACCCUGCUCCGGUUCCCCAACACCCUGCUGGGUGACCCUCGACGCCGGCUCCGCUACUACGACCCGCUGCGGGGCGAGUUCUUCUUCGACCGCAGCCGGCCCUGCUUCGACUCCAUCCUCUACUACUACCAGUCGGGCGGGCGGCUGCGGCGCCCCGCCAACGUCCCUCUCGACAUCUUCCUGGAGGAGCUGAAGUUCUACCAGCUGGGCGAGGAGGCGCUCAGCAAGUUCCGGGAGGACGAGGGCUUCGUCAAGGAGGAGCAGCGCCCGCUGCCCGGGCCCGAGUUCCUCAAGCAGGUCUGGCUGCUCUUCGAGUACCCAGAGAGCUCGCAGGCUGCCCGCAUCAUUGCCAUCAUCUCCGUGCUGGUCAUCCUCAUCUCCGUUGUCAUCUUCUGCCUCGAGACGCUGCCCGAGUUCCGGGACGAGCGGGACAUUUCGCUGCCGAUCCCCCAUCACCGGGCCAACAGCAGCCACGUGCACGCCCCCAGGAGCCAGCUGGACGACCCCUUCUUCAUCGUGGAGACCAUCUGCAUCUGCUGGUUCUCCUUCGAGCUGGUGGUGCGGUUCCUGGCCAGCCCCAGUAAGCCGGCCUUCUUCAAGGACAUCAUGAACAUGAUCGACUUCGUGGCGAUCAUCCCCUACUUCGUGGCGCUGGGCACGGAGUUCGCCCGGCAGCGGGGGGUGGGCCAGCCGGCCAUGUCGCUGGCCAUCCUCCGUGUCAUCCGGCUGGUCAGGGUCUUCCGCAUCUUCAAGCUCUCGCGCCACUCCAAGGGGCUGCAGAUCCUGGGCCAGACUCUGAAGGCCAGCAUGCGGGAGCUGGGCUUGCUCAUCUUCUUCCUCUUCAUCGGCGUCAUCCUCUUCUCCAGCGCCGUCUACUUCGCCGAGGCUGACCACACCGAGACCAACUUCACCAGCAUCCCUGAGGCCUUCUGGUGGGCCGUGGUCACCAUGACCACGGUGGGCUAUGGGGACAUGUCCCCCGUGACGGUGGGCGGGAAGAUCGUGGGCUCGCUGUGUGCCAUCGCUGGGGUCCUCACCAUCUCCCUCCCAGUGCCCGUCAUUGUCUCCAACUUCUCCUACUUCUACCACCGGGAGACGGAAGGCGAGGAGCAGGGCCAGUACAUCCACGUGGCCGGCUGCCCUGGCCGCUUGCCCUCCCCGUUGGUGCCCGCCCGCUGGGAGAAGGCCUGCGGCAAGGAAGAGACAUACUGUGGGGAUGGGGCCCUGGCGCUGCCCAACUGCCAGCUCCUGGAUGGGAUGGUGGCCUCGGCCAGCAGCCAGACGGUCCUGUUGGAGCCCCAGCAACCCAACCGGGGCCUGGUGACCCAGGUGUGAACCUGCUGGCACCUCUCCCCACCCAAUUUCUGACCUGCC